GAUAAAGCAAUUCUUUUAUCGAGCUGGUACAGAAUUGAGUUUAUGACCAUUAUGAUGACAUUAGGUUGUGUUUUACCAGGUUAUGAUUAUUUCCCCGAUGUUAACCGAUGUAUAAAGCCUUAUUCUGUAACCAAAACUUGGCAAGAUGCAAGGGAUCAUUGCCAAAGAGACGGCGCAGAUCUCAUUACAAUAACAUCAGCCCAAAUAAGAGAUGUCGUUUUCAAUUAUUCAUAUUGUAGAAUACGUGUUUGGGUAGGCAUGAGGCAAGGGAAAUGGUUAAAUGGCGAACCUUUUUUUAAUAUAUUUGGUCCUAAUACAUUGAUUAACAACGAGGAUCUACAGUAUCAACAAGACACAGACAAAAGUUGUGGGACAUUUAUAAUGACGUCACCAGAAAUGAAGAUGAUAGACGAUAGUUGCAAUAUUCGCAAACGGAGCUUUUUUCUAUGCGAAAUUCUUCCAACAUAACUGAUAAAUAGCAGUAGUUUGGUUAACGAGAGACAUGCAUGCAGGAUGUCAAAUGUUCGGAGUCUUUGAUGUACGCAUACAGUAUUUAA